CUAGACUUCGCUCCUGAUAUUCAUCGUUCAAUACUACGCCCUGCUUCGGCAAGGAGUUUGGUACAAGCCUCAAGAUUGCUCCAGCGAACCCAUUCCGCGUACCAAAGUACCACGUUCCUUCUUGCCCCGCUCAAUAGCCAGAUUCACUUCUCCAGGCACCGCCUAUCAUCUUCACAGCAGAAGGGAGUCAAACGCCAAAAGUGCACAGCCACACAUGGGACUUCAUUUUUUCUGAUUACGAUUCAGCUUUCAGUGAUUCUGCAGGGCCUGACUCGCAGUUGACGGGAGUCACUCUUUGCGACUGCACAAAGAGCGACUUCUUGAUCAUGCCCUUGUACCAAGGAUGGGGUUGUGCUAGAAGGGUUACUUGCGCUAUGGUAAUUGAUCGACUUGCAGAUGGCCAAACUUCAGCCUCGGUGCUCGCUUCAAGACACCGUCAAUAACGGCGAAUUUUUCCUCGCUGAUGAAGCUACGAUUCUUCACCAAAUAAAAGAAGCAUUCGAACCAGAACUCGAACGUCUCAAGUCUGCGAAAGCCGUUGAAGGUACUGAGGAGGAACGUUAUUCGAAUGGCACCCUCGAUAAUCCGAGUCCGUCCCAAAUUCUUUAUGGAUUCAACUUUGACGAGAUCAAUCGAACUCUUGUAGGCAUUCUUGCCCUCAGAUGGAUCAAGAAUGAAGAUUAUGAUCAUUUCACCCGUGGUCAACCCAGCGAAAGUCGGCUGACCAAAGACUCUUUCGCUUGGCUUUGCGGCUUGUUUGAUGACGGGCUAAAGUGUCUAGACGACCUUUUUGCCUUGAUACUAUCCAUGGUUAUUAAUGACUUGGGAAAGGAUCCAAAUCUCGAAGAGGACCUCUACCACCGCACUCACCAAUACCAACAGAACCAUGAUGCCUUACUUUUAGAAGCGGCAAAAGCAGACAUGAUCCCGUCUUUGAACUAUUUGGCUCCCGACAAAAGAGAAGAGGUUAUGCUGGGGCUCGAGCUUGGAUCCGAGUUGAACGCUGGCCAACUUGCACAAGCCGAGAGCGUACCCAUCAUUCUGGAGGGUCUACUCCACAUGAGAGGUCACGAGCACGCAUUUGAUCUCAAAUUCAUGGAACAGAUUCUCGACGUUGCCGGUGCAGCAGGCCAUCUUGAUUCCACAGGGGCUAAAACCUUGAUCGAACCAGUCUUCCAAGCAUUUAAAACCGUUCACGAAGUCUCGCUAGAGAUUAUAGCUGGCAACGCUAACCUUCGAGAAGGCUAUGACAAGAUCCUCACGAAGCGUGGUAAUAUGCUCUCGGGCAAAGGGUUUCGCAGAUUGAGUGUGAGUGAUCAUAAAGAGCGGGCACUCCUACGCUUAUUGGCGAUGGGGCGCACUACCGAUCAACCACAAGCCGAGCUCUUCUGCGAAGCAUUUGAUGCUCUGGACAACGUGAGCAAAGAUCAGCUCAUCCGAGGUCUCAAUAUCGAUGGGAAGGUCAACGAAACCGCCGUCCUACCCUACUAUAUGCCGGCAAUAAUCUCCACAACGCUCCAAAACACAAAAGACUCGGAUGAAGACAGCAAACAGCGCGCACUAACAAGCCUGAUGCGGUACCUGGCAAGAGUCUUAGGUACUCCUGAUGCCGAUGGGGUCGAGUCCGAGGAUCGACAAUACAAUACUGAAGUUCCAGGCAUCGUUAUCGAGAGGAACAUGUCAAAGGCUCAAGAUGUCAUCAACAGUCCAGAAUUCAAGGAUGAUCCGAAUAUCCUGAAUAGCCUAGAUAUACCAGCUGGACAAGUGCUACAACGAAGACGAACCAGUCAAUCUUGGUGAGACUUUCCAGCAAGCUCCAUCCCAAAAGAUCAUUGCGCUAGAUUGUGGUACCUGAAACAUUUUGAUGGUUCACCGCCACUCGCCAUACAAAAUCUGGGCGUCUCGAACACGAUUCCGAUAAAGUGGUUCUCACGGUUAGAGCCGAGCGACCAACGAAAUCUUUC